AUGACACGCGCUGAUAGACGACGCGCAUUUGUACGUGCCCUAGAAAAUAAUGUGGCUCAUCCAGGCAAAAUUGCAAUUGGGGGACAUUCUUACGGGGCGUUUAUGACUGUAAAUUUGUUGGCGCAUGCCCCUCAUCUUUUCAGUUGUGGCAUUGCUUGUUGGUUUAAUCCAGAGGGAAAAGGAAGUUACUGUAGGCAUCCUGAGAUUGGUCUUUGUUGUGGUUGGAGAUCAUGGGUUGACUGCUCUAUGGAUUACUUUGUAAACCUAAUUGAAAUUUCAUUAGAGAUGCUUGCUGGUGUGAGUUUGGCAGAAGAAGGCAUCCUGACAUUUGUCUUUGCUGUUGUUUAUUUGUCAUUGAAUAAAGGUGGAAAUGAUAAUGAUGUAUCAUCUGCAUCAAGGCUUCUGUCAUUGGGCACCCAUUUCUCUAAAAAAAUGAUAUGUAGAUAUGGAUCAUUGCAGCAUAUUGGAAGACACACUAAUGUUGCUGCUGUCUUUGGUCAAGGUGGGAAUAAAAACUUAUACAAUGAAAAGAUUGCAGGAGAGGCUAAAGACAGAUAUGUGGGACCCACUUAUACUCUCACUUGCACCACAUAUGCACAAACACCACACGACACCGACAACCACCACAGGACACUAGAAACCACCACUGUCGACCAACAACCACCACCAGCAGAUUCCAACAUCACCACCAUCCAUCGAUUCUAG